CGCUGAUGUAAAAAUUUUUGUGUAUUUUCCUAUUGAAUUUUUUGACGAUCAUAUAAAUGUAGAUCGUAUUGACAAAUCGUCAACAUUAGAGGGCCGUUGUUUGUUUGAGGAAGACGUGAUCAAACUAGUUUAAUAAAGCCAAGUAAAUUCAAAAUGACCAUUGAAAACGAAUUAAUAAGUCUUUGCAUUGAUGAAAGUCCGCCAAGGAAUAAACCUUUGGUAGCAAAAUAUUUGAGAAGUUUUGCAUUCCCGGUAUUAUCUAAGUUAUCGCCCUUUAAUAUUACUAAAACGGGUAGUUACUUAGUGGCGAAUAAAACUGCUAUUAUACAAAAAUAUGGACCAGAUGCCGAGAUUGACAUUAACUAUACAUUAUUGAAACUGGAUACACUAAAAGCGGAAAUUCUUAGUAACAAACCAUUUAGAAAAUUAGAGUCAGAUAAUGUAGACGUAAAGAUAUGGAACCAGAUCCUCGAAGAUUACACCGAUAAAGACGGAAAUCGACCUACAUGGUUAAACACUAUUUGGCUAUAUGGCGAAUGUUACGUUCAUCGUCGUUUGUUUGAAACUUUCGAAACUAGUAAAUACUUGAGAGACUAUGAUCCUUUCUACGAGCAAAAAAUGAAAUCAUUGGUAUCUUGUGAAGAUGCAAUGGAGUUUUUAAGCGAUUUUUUGAUUGACUAUUUUCAACGGACUAGCAUACAAUCUCGUCAUUUACGAGAAGACCUUCCAAAAAUUCUUAAAUGUGCUCUUUGGGGAAACCGUUGUGAUUUAUCACAAACCGGUGGAGAUACAAUUAUACAAACUGAAAGUCCUUUAAAGCUCGUUGACUCAUUACAAAAUCUCAUUUUAGUUGAUGAAUCUUCAAAAAUUGUUGAUUUCCUGUGUAGUUUUAAUCGUGAAGGCAAAGACAACAAAAUUUUAGAUAUUAUAUUGGACAAUGCCGGCUAUGAGUUGUUUAGUGACCUUUGCAUGGCUGAUUAUUUUGUUACUUACAAAAUUGUCAAUACUGUGAGGUUUCAUGGGAAAGCUAUACCUUGGUUUGUGUCUGAUGUUACACGUCGUGAUUUUUUUGAUACUAUCGAUUACGUAGCUAAUAAAAGUGGAACAAAAUCUAUGAAACAACUUGGAAAAAGAUGGGAAGGAUACAUUCAAUCUGAUCAAUGGAAAUUUGAAAACGAACAGUUUUGGACUUUACCAUUCCACUUUGGACAAAUAAAAUCAAUGGAUCCUGAAUUAUAUGAAAAAUUAUCUGAGUCUAUUUUGAUAAUAUCUAAAGGAGAUCUUAAUUAUAGAAAAUUAGUUGGAGAUGUAUUUUGGGAGCCUACAGUUCCUUUUAGUCAAGCUGUUGGAAGUUUUAAACCAUCUAAAUUAAUCGCUCUAAGAACACUGAAGUCAGAUAUUACGUGUGGCUUACCUGAAGGUUUAGCUGAACGUAUAUCUCAAGCUGACCCAGACUGGUUGAAAAUUGGAAAAUAUGCUGUUAUUCACGUUGAUGGUGUUUAAACCAAUUGGAAGUACAAUUAGUAAUUAGCUUCGAAGAUAAUUAAAAUUAACUAUUUUUUAUUUGAAAUCUUACUAUUUAAGAAGAUUAUAUGACUAAAUCUUACAUAAAUAACUUAUUAUAUUUAUAGCUGAAACUUUUCUACGCAAUUAAAUUUUAAGACAUAUACAUAAAUGUUUCAAAUUAUUCCAUUUUUUUUUAUUUCACUGUGGGAAUUAAAUCUGACGAAUUUAUAACUGUUCUUUUAAUGUUACCAUUUUUAUUAUUACUAUUAUUAAUGUUUGUUAUUUUACAAAAAAAAAAAUUGUUGAUCUAUUAAAUUAUUUUUGCAUUUUAAAGGAAGAUUAAUGAUAAAGUGUUUGAAUGAAAAUAAUUUUCAAAUGAUAAAAAUUUGUGUAUGUCUGUAUAUUUUAUAUUAUUUCUUAAUAAUUAAUAUUUUUUAGAAUUAUAUGCAUUUAUCAAU